AUGGCGAUACCUAUAGAAGAUUGGUAUUAUGAUGUUCCUGUAAUCACAAGAACCUUUGUAACCGCGGCGGUUUUGACUAGCUUGGCUGUGCAAGUUGGUCUUGUGACUCCUUUUCAACUUUACUUCAAUUUUGAUAAAGCUUUUUAUGAUCUCCAG